GUACACCCCAGUGGUGGUAUACAUGCUCCACUGUACCACUUGGAACCAGCUCUGCUCCUUCCGAUCACACCAUCUCGCUCCGCCAGCCGCAGGCUGGUCAUGAAGCACGCUGGAACAGAUGCUGAGCAUUACAAAAGUCUUUUGGGAAUGCUCAAGGGAUGGAAAUGGUCGCCCACCGUGGUGACGCAGCUCAAGCGUAUAGCUCCGUCUACGCUCGCUUCGCUGCUCUGCUCAGUCUUGAUCCUCGUCAGACCCAUCCAGCAGCGCUUCAUUGGCCCAUAUGCUUUCCUCUCCCUGACCUUCCUCUUUCUAUUCUUCUGGCCAUGUACGCCCAUUGGCGAGCACCUCGAAGGCGUCCUCCUUUCGAUCACCGCCUGUGCCAUCUCACUUGGAAUAUCCGUCUUGGCGCUGUGGGGUUCCGCCAAACUGUCUAGAUUGCCGACGGGUGAAGCUGGAGAAAUGUAUUCCACGGUGUCUUCAAGAGCUGUCGGGGCAAUCACGCUUUUCGUGCUCUGCUUCAGCGCAGGACUCCUAUCGAGCUUCAUUCCACGCCUCAAGACACCCGUUCGCAUCGCCCUGUUUGUUGCAGCCUGGAGUCUCAGCGUCACAAAGGCGGAUGACGCCUCAUCUACCCUUACACCCGGCAAGGCGUUCACCGACCUUUUCUUUCCAGCGUUGACCGGCGCUGCGUGCAGCACAGUCGCUGCCUUGUGCGUCUUCCCGCGCACGGCAACUCGAGAGUGGGCCAAAAGCUUGGCGAGCGGUCUAGAUGAGGUGGCCAAGAUCGUCGAAUGCACAGUACGCGAUUUCUAUUGCGUCCUCGAUUCAGCAGAAGAUGGCGACGAAAAAGCCGGAUCAGUGCAACCUCGACCGUCUGGGCAGCUCUCCGCUUAUCGCCAUUCGUUCCUGGGCCGAGUGACCCAACUCGAUGGAACUUACCUCUUCGCAUCUCACGAAUUCCAAAUCGCUCGUGUGCCCUUGUCAACUAUGCGACCCAUAUUGAGCAAUCUCAAGCACCUUCGAGGAUGGGCAGCGUGCGGCAUGGGACUUGGCACUGGGCUGGAGAGCUCUGCACAGGCGACUGCACCUCACACCAACAAGACAUUUGUCACCCGUGGUGGGGCUGACGAUCAAAGUGGUGACGAUACGCAAUCUGACAGGCUUCACCCGCACAUCGAGGCUUUGGCUCGGGAGGUGAUCUCCAGUCUUACACUCGUUCGAAAUAUCGUCCAAGUGGUGUCACACCAAAGCAGCUGGGCGGAAUCCAUUGCCUCCCUCAGGAAAGAGACAGGGGCAGAUAGAAGGACCAGUCGUUCGCACAGCCGCUCCGCUUCUCGUACACAAGAGCCGCGCUCUGCACUUUUUGCAGUGGCGCUAGGAGGGGCUGGCGUCGGCAUGGGUAUGGACUACCGCUCAAGUGCAUUCUCGAAAGAAGCGCUGAACGCCCCAGACCGUGCGGUGCUCGCUCAACGCAAGAGGAUCAAGAUGGUGCUCGCCGCAAUUCAAGAGAAGGUAGCUGAUCCCUUUGUUGAUCUGUCGGAGACGCAAACGGAUGAUGAGGCUGAGGGCAUCCCUUCUCAAGGUAAUGCUGGAGCUGCACCACGUCGCCGCCAUGGACUCACGGACAAUAAUGAGCUCGAAAUGUGGCGUUCAGAGGAAUCACGAAGCAACUCAGCUUUCCUACUCAUGAGCCUACUGGAAGUUGCGAGAGAAUGCUCAACCGCUCUCAAGGAAUCUCAACGGAUGCUUCGGGCCUGGCACAGGCAGCCUAGGCGUCGCGUCUGGCUACCGUCCUUUACGUGGCGCCUUUUCUGGGCCAAAGCGGGUCAAAUGGGAAUGCUACACAUCCUCGAUACUGCUGGUGGAGCGCUUCACCGGGACGAUCGAGACGAGGAUGACAAUGACCGUGCACACGCUCAACGUGACAGUGACGAUGGCAAGAGUCCUGGAGCAGAUGAAGAGAGACGAUUCGCACCAGCUCAGCAGACGUCGUAUGGUGCACCAGAAGAGAUCUUCGCCAGCGCAAUGGUAUCUUCGACGCACUUCAAGUCCCCGACGAGAUCGAAGAAAAACGUCAUCACACGCUUCUUGAACACACGCCGCGUUCUUGCAGUUCGUCUGGCCCUGCAUGAGGCCCUGCAAGCUGUCACGCAUAGCCCGCAAGUGAGGUUUGCACUGAAGCUGGCGACAGGAACUGUGCUGCUUUCGCUGCCCGCGUGGGUCGCGCGCGACUGGUGGCAGGCCCAAAGAGGACAGUGGCUCGUCAUUACGUACAUUUGGUGUCUGGAGACUAGUACCGGCGCCACAUUGAGGGUCUCUGCAUUUCGUAUCGCUGGGACAUUCGCAGGCGCCUUUUACGGCAUUAUCAGCUGGUACGCCUCUGGUGGCAAGGCACCUGCGCUUGGUUUCUUCCUUGUGCUGGGCAGCAUCCCGGCAGCAUACUUGGCGCUUUUCACGCGCGCUCCGGGUGUCGGUGUCGUCAUGGCGAUCACUUUUCCCGUGGUUUGUCUGAUCCCAAUCAUUGACACCUCGCAGUCACACCACGUGCCAUCGAUCGCGCUUAUCCGAGGGUAUCAGAUUCUACUGGGCAUCGUGGCUGCUCUACUUGUCAAUCUUUUGGUUUGGCCUUAUCACGCCCGCGUGCACCUGCAGCGCCAUAUUUCCAAGACCGCCUCUUCCUUGCAACACCUGUACCUCAGUCUUAGUAGGCAGACUGUGAGCGGACUCGUACCGACGAGGGAGACUAGGCACAGAUUCGAAGCUUUGGAGAGCGCCAUCACAGACUCACUCAGUCGAUGUCGGAUGGACCUGGACUUGAUGGCUGCAGAAAUCCGCCUCGUCCCCUUGCCCACUCACGUCCUGCGCCGAUGUGUGUCGGCUCUUCAGAACAUCAGCGACCUACUACUGGCCUUGCGUCAUGUCCGUGAGACAGCUAUGCUGCGAUUCGGCGUCUACGAGCAUACGGUCCUGAAUGUGUUGGCUCUGAGGACCGAUUUGAUCUCGAACAUCGUGCUCAACCUUUGGACAGCGGCGGCAGCCAUCAAGACACGCGACCCACUCCCUCAGUGCCUGCCUAGCCCGCGCCUAGCUCUGCAAGAUCUCACCAGGGCAUUGCGAGAGGACCUCACUCGUGCGCCUCCCAGUCGUCAGCGGUCGGGCAAGCAAUCCAGAGAGCCGCCGAGCUUUAAUGUUCGGUCUCCGUCAACAGAUGAGGAUGGUGGAGACGCGCAACCUGAAGGUGUCCUACUCUCCACAGCGGUCCGCAGACUGCAGCAGCAGCAGCAGGAUAUAGGGGGUGGCCUGCCAACCUCUCCAUCCAGCCGUAAUGCAUCGCGCAAGUCACAUGCUCAUGUGGUUUCUCUCUCGCUGUCGCACACCAAUACUCAUCACCACUUUGCUCCAAUCGGUAGCGGAUCUGCCAGUGGCUCCCGCACGCCGAUCGCAUCACUUGCACCUUCAGCCUUCCGGCUACCCGAUCAGAGCAACUCAUCAAUACUGAGAUUCGAAGACAGCACGACUUCAGGCAACGCUCCUUGGCAAGAGUCCGAGAGAGCGAGCGAUGCCCACAAUCGUCCCGCGGAGUCAAUCAAGGAAGUCCAUGAUGAGGAGUCGAGCGCAACAUCGAAAUCGCGCGUGAAAAGCGCAGACAAGCCGCCUGCAAGCUCAGGCGCAUAUCUCUUCACGCUCGCAGAGCACUCGCUCUUGCAGGACAUCGUCGAGCAGCUCGAGACGGUGCUGGAGUGCGUGCGCGAUCUAGUCGGCGAACAGCCUUUAUUCGUCGCCCAGUACAUGCCUCGAUCGAUGGUGCCCCAGAAUGUAGGCUAUGAUCCUCACCUCUCGUAUGAUCCUUCCAGGACGCAGUCGGGAAUGGAUCAGGAGCUACGUCGUCGUCACCAGUACUCUGCUUCGGCCAGUAUGAAUCCUAGCUUGACUCAUCAUCACGGUCUCACGCUUUUGAACGAGCUUGCCGCGCACGAACAUCGUCGGCUCCGAAGAACGGCCACAAAGACGGCAACUCAACCUGAGCGGAUUGGCGAAGAAGAGCGCAAGGAUGCACCGCCGUUGGAAGAACAGCAGGGCUCUCAAGAUGAAGCCGAAAGCGGCGUGUCCGCGACAGCACCGAACCUUCGCAACAUGUUUUCGAACUCGACCCAGUGAAAUAUCUCAAUUAUCUACGUCAUCCCGUCAUCUAUAUU